ACUGCUGCUACUAGAAUAUGAAACACAAAAUUGAACAUUAUAUACACUGAACAUUAAUAAAAUCAUCCAUUAUCUUUUAUUAAAAUGGAUAUUGAUUCUUUAGUUCCUUUAAACACUAUAGACUGUAAACAGGGUGCUAUUCGUGCAGUUCGAUACAACAUUGAUGGUACAUAUUGCAUAACAUGUGGAGCUGAUAAAAAAUUAAAACUUUGGAAUGUUCAUAAGUCAUUGUUACUUAAAACUUAUGGAGGUCACGCUAAUGAAGUUCUUGAUGCUGCUGGAUCAUGUGAUAGUUCACAGAUCCUAUCCGGCAGCUCUGAUAAAUCAGUUAUUUUAUGGGAUGUUGCAUCUGGCCUUCCAACACGAAGGCUAAGAGGACAUGCAAGUAGUGUAUCUUGUGUAAAGUUCAAUGAAGAAUCUACAUUAGCCAUAUCAGGUUCUCAUGAUAAUACCGUUAUGUGUUGGGAUUUAAAGUCUCGACGUCAACAACCAGUUCAGGUUUUAAAAGAAGCCAAGGAUUCAAUAUCCAGCUUGGUGGUUUCUGAUCAUGAGAUAAUUAGUGCAUCCUUAGAUGGUAGAAUUAGAAAAUAUGAUCUCAGAGCCGGUGAAUUAAUAACAGAUUGCAUAGGAAAAUCUAUAACACAUAUUGAAAUCACAAGAGACGAUCAAUGCUACCUUGCUGCAUGUGCUGAUAGCACUUUAAGACUUAUGGAUAAAAGUAGUGGGGAAUUACUAUCAGAGUAUGUUGGUCACAACACACAGGAUUUUGCUGUAGAGUGUGCAAUUAUGUAUUCAGAUAACUUUAUAAUUAGUGGUACAACAGAGGGGUCCAUCAUAAUAUGGGAUCUCUUGAGCAGUAAGGAGAUUAAGAAACUCCAUCGAGAAGAAAGUUCAAUUAAAUCUGUCAUUCCUACUUUGGUUUCACAUCCUAAAAAGAAUGAAAUCCUAAGUGCUUGUAGAGGUGAAGUUACCCUUUGGGGAAUUCUCGACACAACAAUUGUAGAAGUUGAGGAAUCACAGGCAUUAAUAUAAAUCUUCAUAAUUAAGAGCAUCAUGAGCUAUAUCAAAAAGGUAAUAAUAUUUGCCGGAGCGUUUUGCAAUAUCAAAUGCAGU